GGCUGUGGGGCCUUCGCGCACCCGGCCCCGCUCGCCCGUGCCCGCCCGCCAUGCCCGGCUUCGACUACAAGUUCCUGGAGAAGCCCAAGCGGCGGCUGCUCUGCCCGCUGUGCGGGAAGCCCAUGCGCGAGCCCGUGCAGGUUUCUACCUGUGGCCACCGCUUCUGCGACACCUGCCUGCAGGAGUUCCUCAGUGAAGGAGUCUUCAAGUGCCCGGAGGACCAGCUUCCUCUGGACUAUGCCAAGAUCUACCCGGACCCAGAACUGGAGGUGCAGGUAUUGGGCCUGUCCAUCCGCUGCAUCCAUAGCGAGGAGGGCUGCCGCUGGAAUGGCCCCCUUCGGCACCUACAGGGCCACCUGAAUACCUGCAGCUUCAACGUGGUGCCCUGCCCCAACCGCUGCCCCGCCAAGCUGAGCCGCCGCGACCUGCCUGCGCACCUGCAGCACGACUGCCCCAAGCGGCGGCUCAAGUGCGAGUUCUGCGGCUGCGACUUCAGCGGGGAGGCCUUCGAGAGCCACGAGGGUGUGUGCCCGCAAGAGAGCGUGUACUGUGAGAACAAGUGUGGUGCCCGCAUGAUGCGGCGGCUGCUGGCCCAGCAUGCCACCUCCGAGUGCCCCAAGCGCACCCAGCCUUGCACCUACUGCACCAAGGAGUUCGUCUUCGACACCAUCCAGAGUCACCAGUACCAGUGCCCAAGGCUGCCUGUGCCGUGCCCCAACCAGUGUGGCGUGGGCACCGUGGCUCGGGAGGACCUGCCAGGCCAUCUGAAGGACAGCUGUAACACCGCGCUGGUGCUGUGCCCGUUCAAAGACUCCGGCUGCAAGCACAGGUGCCCUAAGCUGGCGAUGGCACGGCACGUGGAGGAGAGCGUGAAGCCGCAUCUGGCCAUGAUGUGUGCCCUGGUGAGCCGGCAGCGGCAGGAGCUGCAGGAGCUGCGAAGAGAGCUGGAGGAGUUGUCGGUGGGCAGUGAUGGCGUGCUCAUCUGGAAGAUUGGCAGUUACGGGCGCCGGCUCCAGGAGGCCAGAGCCAAGCCCAACCUCGAGUGCUUCAGCCCCGCCUUCUACACGCACAAGUAUGGCUACAAGCUGCAGGUGUCCGCAUUCCUCAACGGCAAUGGCAGUGGUGAGGGCACCCACCUCUCACUCUACAUUCGCGUGCUGCCGGGUGCCUUUGACAAUCUCCUCGAGUGGCCCUUCGCCCGCCGUGUGACCUUCUCCCUACUGGAUCAGAGUGACCCUGGGCUGGCGAAGCCACAGCAUGUCACUGAGACCUUUCACCCUGACCCAAACUGGAAGAAUUUCCAAAAACCAGGCACUUGGCGGGGCUCCCUGGAUGAGAGUGCUCUGGGCUUUGGUUACCCCAAGUUCAUCUCCCACCAGGAUAUCCGCAAGCGAAACUAUGUGCGGGAUGAUGCGGUCUUCAUCCGUGCCUCUGUUGAAUUGCCCCGAAAAAUCCUCAGCUGAGAGCAGACCAAGCGGCAGGAGAAAGGGGGAGGGCAGUGACCUCCAUCAGGCACGGCUGAGCCUGGAGAGGGGGCCGGACCCCCUUACAGCUGCUUCUGCUGCCGAGGCUCUGGUACACCGAUCCCCCGGUACGCCGAUCCCUUCCCUCCUUCCCCGCCACCCUCAGGUGCCUCCUAUUGGUGCUUCAGCCCUGACCUCUGGGAAGAGCAGGUCUUAGGGUCAUCAAGGGCUUGGAAACCAGCAAGCCCCGGACCUGUCUCCUGGACAGGGCAGACACGCCUUGGUGCCGGCUACACUCUUCCCGGGACCGAGGUGCCUGCUGGUGCUAUGUCCCAAGA